UAGAAGAAGAAAGGCGGAAGUGUGCCGUGUGUAAACAAUCGAGUCACCGAGUCACGACACGGACGCUCCUCCAGCUGAAGGUUUGACCGGUCACGUUUUAAAGGUUUGAGGCACCGUUACGUGAGGAGGACGUGUGACGUAGCGUGUGACGAGCCGUCCGCCAUGCCGUACCUGGGCAGCGAGGACACGGUGCGGGAGCUCAGGAGACAUCUGUCCAACCCCAACGUCCAGUCCGACCCGCUGCGCUACCGGAGCUCCAUCCUCAAAGUGAUCAGGGCCAUGUCCCAGGGUGUGGAUGUAGCAGGCCUGUUCAGUGAGAUGGUGAAAGCCUGUGCCACAGUGGACAUAGUCCAGAAGAAGCUGGUCUACGUCUUCCUGUGCUCCUAUGCCACUCUGAACCCAGAGUUGUCUCUGCUGGUCAUCAACACGCUGAGGAAGGACUGCCAGGACCCAAACCCCAUGGUGCGCAGCCUGGCCCUGAGGAACAUGGUCAACCUCAGGUUGCCCAGUCUGGCGGAGUACGUGGAGCAGCCUCUGAGCGCAGGACUGAGGGACCGAGCCGCUUGCGUGCGGCGGGUGGCCGUUCUCGGCUGGGCGAAACUGCACAAUCUCCAGCCCGCUUCUGAGAUCGAUGCAGCAGUGGUGAACGAGCUGUACGGCCUGCUGAGGGAUCCAGACCCGGUGGUGAUGGUGAACUGCCUGCGAGCGCUGGAGGAGAUCCUGAAAGAGGAGGGGGGGAUGGCGAUCAAUAAGCCCAUCACCCACCACCUCCUUAACAGGUUGGGGCAGUUGGAUGUUUGGGGUCAGUGCGAGGUGUUGAGGGUCCUCCAGCGGUACCGUCCCCAGUCAGAGAGCGAGCUGUUUGACAUCCUGUCCCUGCUGGACGCCUCCCUGGUCAGCCCCCACCCCCCGGUCAUGGCGGCUACCCUCAGCCUCUUCCUGGUCCUUUGCCCCGACCUGCCGGCCGUGAGCUUUGCGGCCCUGGAGCGCGUACGUGGACCCCUGCUGGCGGCCUGCGGCAGCGCGUCCAGGGAGACCAGGUUCACUGCUCUGUGCCACAUCCAGCUGCUGUUGCGUUCUCUCCCCGGCCUGAUGGGGGCGCACUACAAGCGCUUCUUCUGCGGUUACGCCGAGCCGGCCUACAUCAAGCAAAGGAAGAUGCAGGUGCUGGUGGAGCUGGUCAAUGACGACAACGUGGCCAUGUUGCUGGAUGAGCUGAGAGGAUACUGCACUGAUGUCAACGCCGACACGGCGCAGGCCGCCAUCUCCGCUAUAGGUCGCAUCGGGCGGAGCUACAGCGACCAGUGUCUGCAGAUCCUGACUGGACUGCUGGGGCUCCAACAGGAGCACAUCACGUCUGCGGUGGUGCAGACCAUGCGUGACCUGGUGUGGGUCUGUCCUCAGUGCAGCGACACCGUGUGUUCGGCGCUGGAGGGCUGCGAGGAGACGCUGCAGGACAGUCAGGGCAGGCAGGCCUUGCUGUGGCUGCUGGCCGUGCACGGGGAGCGAGUCCGCAGCGCCCCCUACACGCUGGAGGGCUUCAUCGAUGGAGUGAGGGGCGAGGCCUCUCCGGGAGUCAAGAUGGAGCUGCUGACGACCACCAUGAGGCUGUUUGUGUGCCGGCCCGCCGAGACGCAGGACAUGCUGGGACGCCUGCUGCACCACUGCAUUGAGGAGGAGACGGACAUGUGCGUGCGGGACCAGGCACUUCUCUACUACCGCCUGCUGCGUUGUGGUAUGGAGGAGACACGCAGGGUCCUCGGGGGUCGGAGGUCGGAGCCUUCUCUGGGCGUUUUGAUUGGCCGCCCCGCGGAGCCCAUCAGCCAGUGGGCCUCCAGCUUCAACACUCUGGAGCCUCUGAAGCAGGGCGCUGGGGAGACGGAGACAACCGGCAGAGCGAGCCCUCAACAUGUGACCUUUGACCUUGACAGUGACCUCUCGGACACUCUGAACUCGGGCGCAGGGGGGUUUUCCUUUUCCCCCGCUGGCGUCCAGGCGCCCCCCCUCACCUUGUCCCUCUCGCCGGCGCUCAGCCCGGAGGAGUUUGAGCGCCUGUGGACGCAGCGACGGGCGCCGCCUGCAGAGGAAGGUGCUGAGGAGCUGGACUACGUGUGCUUGGAAGAACGCAUCCGAUGCCCCGCCGUACCCCACUGCUCCCCACAAAGCCUGCAGGCCGCCAUGCAGCUGGUCAACAUCCAGACGCUGGCCUUCACGGCGGCCCACGCCUCCCCCUGGAGGGUCUACCUGUACACGCACGCCCAGCAGGCCGCCCGCAGCGCGCUCAUACUGGGCCAGCUGCUGUACGCUGGAGAGGACGAGGACGAGGACGAGGCUGGGCUAAGCGAAGGACCGUCCCCACGCGGGCGAGAGGAGGAAGUAAAAGUGACUCUUAAACAGCGGCCGAGAGACGAGAAGGCUCUGCAGGGGUUCCUGUCCAUCCUCACAGCCGUGCUGCACACGCUGCCCUUCAACACGCACUGAGACAUGAAUGAAUCCAUUAAACCAGACGCCGAGUCCGCUGGAAAGUCCUCUGCACGUUGGAACCCAAGUAAUCAGAAGCUGCAGUAGUUCAGUGGUCUUCACAGGUGGAUCGUCCUCAUAAAGGGCUGAGCUCAUGUGUUUGGCCUGAGGGAGGCGCUGUUCACCACUAGUGCUGAAUCACUGCACUAAAUCUAAUCUCGCACUUUUGGGUUUAAGAGUGAAAAUAAUGUGUAUUUACUGUGAUUACUGGUUCCCAUCGCGCAGCACAGAGGGGAGGGUGUGUUUUCCGUGUGCGUGUGUGUGUGUGUGUGUGUGUGUGUGUGUGUGUGUGUGUGUGUGUGUGUGUGUGUGUGUGUGUGCGUGUGUGUGUCAGCUUACUCUUGAAGGUCAUGAAGUCAUUCAAAAAUAAAACAAAUAUUUGGACUCUAA